UUAGAAAUCAAAGUAAAAGUAAUUGAACAAUUGGUAAGAUAUCUGAAGAUAAAGAAGUGAUCCAAAUAUUUCAAUAGGCUGCCAAAUUGUAAUAUAAAUGCAUUCGGCAUUGUGCAAAUUGCGGAGAUGAUAACGAAUAUCAAGUGUGUGCAAGAUUUGAAUUUAGACGUGAAUCCAAACGCGCAGGAAAAUUAUCAUUUGCUCUGCUCACCUGGAGGAAGUUUGAAGUACUUGUCACUGAGACUCUGUAAAAUAAGCGACGACGGUGUGAAGAAAAUUGCGCAUGAAUUACGAUACCGUGACCCACCCAACAGUCCUAAAUUAAUUAUUUUAAACUUGGCGAAUAAUCAUAUAACGAAGGAUGGCGCUGGUCAUAUAGGAGAAAUGCUUCGAACGAACAGAUCUUUAAGGUGUCUGGUUUUACUUGGGAAUAGGAUAUGCGACGAGGGCGCGUGUUUAAUAUUACAGGAGCUUAAAAUAAUUACCUUGAGGCACGAGGAAAUUGUUGAAGUGCGCCGUAGAAAGUUCGCUGAACUAGCAUUGAUGGAGGAAUGGAUGGAGAAGAAGAAGAAUGAAGAAAUCGACAAGAGUAUAAACGAGGAAUCAUUGAGAAAGAAUGGGAAAUCUCGAACACGUCAAAACCUCAUAAGACAAUCUAAGAAAUAUCUUCAAGAAAUCUCAAACAAAAUGAAGGUAGAAGGAUACGCAAUUCAAGAUUCGGAAUCCAUGCAGAAAAUCAAAACGAUACUAGGAUAUGAAAUGUGUCAUCCUCAUAAAAAAGAGAGCUUCCCAAUGAAUGGAAAGAUGAUGGCAAUUGGAAAUUUAGAACUGCAAUACUUAGAUUUGAGCUGUGAAUACCACUCUCAAUUUAUUAACAUGUUAUUUAUAUUUAUUAUUUAAAAUUUCGCGUAAACGCACAGAAAUCCGCAGUCCGGCAACUAGAAAUCUGAAAUAACAUAUUUUCUAUUUAGUCAAUCGUUUAACGAACGAUAUUUCACAAGAAAUGAUAAAUUGCCUGUAUUAUCAGAAUUAUAUGUUACUUGGAGACAGGGGCAAAGGUCUUUUGUACGUUCUCAUCGAGGUAAUAAAGUAAUAAAGUAAAUUAAGCUUAAAAUUAACUUCUUUCGUUGCUACAAGCCUAUUUUUCAAGGGAGGUGACAUUGAAAAACAAGGUAACAGAAACUGGAAUAGAUUCGACGAACUUUUGCGUCAAAGGCAAAGUGGAGAACGUUUGGAAAACGAUGCUUAUCGAGAAUUUGUCUCGCAAGAAAGCGAAAUCCUUCGGCGUGGUUUUAGUUCAUCUCUCGCAUAAUUAAAAUAUCGACGAAUAAUCUGCGAGUGUUUUAUUAAUUAAUUGACAAUAAAAAGAGAAAUCUAGGUAGAGAUUUCCUUUACAUUCUGAAUAUGACGAGUAAUU